AGCAAAACAGACAGAGUACUGAGCUAUAAAAUAACAUGUUUAGCUGACCGUUAGUCCUAAAUAUUAGCUUGCUGAUGUGAGUUUGCCUAUUUUUUAUUAACUCGGCUACAUGACAAUAAGGAACGACAUUACUGAGGACAUUACUGCGGCUGUUAUUCUGGGCGUUGCCCUGGGCUUGACUCUCGAGUCCUGUGGCCAGGUGGACAGCGACAUCCUCUACAUGGGCUCUCCAGGAGAAAUACUCAUGUGGAUGCUUCAGGUGGCUACCGUUCCUCUCAUUGUUAUGAGUGUGAUAAUGGGCGUUGCCCUGGGCUUGACUCUCGAGUCCUGUGGCCAGGUGGACAGCGACAUCCUCUACAUGGGCUCUCCAGGAGAAAUACUCAUGUGGAUGCUUCAGGUGGCUACCGUUCCUCUCAUUGUUAUGAGUGUGAUAAUGGGCGUUGCCCUGGGCUUGACUCUCGAGUCCUGUGGCCAGGUGGACAGCGACAUCCUCUACAUGGGCUCUCCAGGAGAAAUACUCAUGUGGAUGCUUCAGGUGGCUACCGUUCCUCUCAUUGUUAUGAGUGUGAUAAUGGGUGUUUCUGGUCUAAGUGUUCAAUCUUCCAGGAAAAUUGCUCUGAUAGCUGGGAUUAUAGGGAUAACACUGGUAUUGUUGAUCAAGCCUGGAGUUUCUUAUGGUAGUAAAAUAGAAGACGAAGAAGACAGGGAGGCCUCCUCCACUGCUGAUGCCCUGAUGGAUCUUGUAAGGCCACAGGUGGAUUUGACCUUGCCCAGACCGAGCUGGGAGCGGAAGCUCUGCUUCAUAGUGUCGUUCACCAUGACUUCCAUGUUUGUGUUGGUGAUUGCCACAGCCUAUGUGGAGGCUCAGAGCAUAUGGGACCCUUUCCAGAGACGCGUGUCUGUGGAAUCCAACCCCUCCAUGGAGACGUGGAGACCUUUUAAUCCCAGGGGAACUGUGCUAAUUCACAGUGAUUCAGAGUUGAACGAUUACGGCGACUCUCCCCAGAACUUCCGAGGAGGAUAUGCGUCCAGCAAUGGAGCAGCUCGGGUCAGAGGCCGACAGGGCAGCCAAAAGAAGAGGUCCCGGAUCGGCUUCAGCCGCCCUUCAAUGCAAGCUACUUCCUCGCAGCUGACCCAAGGGAGUACAACCUCAGGCCAAGAAGGCCCUCCAGCUGCCUGCCAGCUAGCCAACCAAAAAGCUCGGCGUACCAAACAACUGGACCUCCAGGGUCAAAGUUUAGCUGGGCCAUCGCUGCCUCACAGAGGCCUCUGUCCUGACGAUGCAGAAUAUGCCAACCUGAUAAGAGCCAUAGACAACGACCUGGACCGUCCAGAUUCACUCAGUGUAUUGGAAUCCAAAGGGAAGCUGCGCGGCAAUACAAAAGCCCAGAGGAAGAAGGAAGAGAGAGAGAAAAAAUCAACAGUAAAGACUCAGGGAGAAGAGCUAAAAGAUAACCUGGCCGACGACAGCUCCUCCACUACCACAGAGACCUCCAAUCCAGAUGUGGAGGCGAACAUCAAAGAGGAACCAGUGAAAAAGAAAGGAAGGACAGUAACCACGGAAAAAGUGAAAGAAGAGGCUUCAAAUUUCCUAAUCAAACCUAAGAAACAAGGAAAGACAAAGAAAGAGAGCCCAGCAGAAAAAUCCAGUUCUCUGGAGCUGCCAUAUGUAACACCGCUGGAGAACAAACGACGCCAGAGCUUCACCUCCAAAGCUCUGCACCCUCUCGCCAACAUCCCAAAGACACGCCCGCUGCAGAAACAGAGAUUUGAUGGGAAGCUGGAAGAAGGGCGCUCCCUCCAGACAAUAAACGCGGACCCUUUCCUGAAGGGAUCCAUCACAGCAGGGACCAGCUCCCCUCCACCCACCUCCCCCAGCUUACUGUCCCGAGGCUCCAACAGCAGUGUGCUCAACAGUAACAGUGAGGGAAACCAAAAGAAGGCCCCAGGAAAUAAAUUGUCUGUAGCCACUCUACUCGCGGGCAAAAAUGGGAACCCCACCUAUGCUGCCGUAGUUGCUGGUUAUGAUAAAAGCCCAGGCGGCUCUGGCCCAGGUAAAACUGACAGCCAAGGAAAGACUCUGCCGCACAUGACAUCAGUGGAAAGGGACAGCUCUGACAGCUCUGGAUUAUGGAGUCCCAUUGACACAGUCAGUAGUACCAACUUCCAUUCUGCCAACUCAUUCUCUCUUUUUCAACCCAACAAUUCCUUCAACCUGACACGAGUUUUAAGUGGAAUGAAUCUCCCAAAGUCAUCAGAGUCUCAGCAAAGCUGGCCUGACUUCACCCCUGCCUCGUCCAUCUGGGACAUCCCGAGCAGUGACUGGCCCCGCAGCUCCAGCUCCCCGGCCACUCCAACUGCAUCCCUCCUGGGAAACGCCCGCGGCCCCUGGUCUGCCACCACACCCUUCGGCAGCUCCAUUUGGUCAACAAACGCAGACUCAGCCUUACGCCCUUUUCCUCCAACGACCAACUCGACAACGCUGACUGAUCUGGUCAGCAGUCCCGCCCCGUCGCCGCCAGCUUCAACCGAGAUGAGUCGGCCCUACAACCCAUGGAGCAUGUGGCGCCUCACUCUGAGCAGGAGCAUUAAUGUUGGAACAGACAUCUUAUUUUAAGCCAUGUGUUCUCAUUGGUUUCUUAUUAAAGUU